GAAGGGGUCAUGGUUAUCGGAUCCUGGGAGUUUCAUGCUUUUCCCAUUGCCAAAUUGACCUGUUUGUAAUAUUUGGGGAGUCAUCACCCCCCCCUGCACAUAUUUCUUCAUGUAGUGCUUUGACAGACAUAACAAUGUGACUACUGGAAUGUCUUCAUAGGCUCCGUGUAUGCAUGGAAUUAUUUCUAAAAUGGUAUUUUGUCUUAGCCCAUCAACACAUUGUUGUGGCGUCUUUCAAAUGUAUAACAGAUCUCCACUUUUCAACAUUGUUUGAGUAUGUAAGGGGAGGGAACCACAUCAGAAUUAGAAUGUGCCAAACAUGAAUGAUAUUCCGUUAUGUUCUAAGGAGACCGUGUGUAAGUGUCGUCCAACUGAAAUAGUUUAUUAAACUCUUCAGAACAUGGAACACGUUUUCGAUGUGAUCUAAAGCUACGGGGACGAGGGUGGUGGUGAAAUGGUUAAUGGGAAUGUUUGGAAUGAGCUUGCUACCUUGUAACCAAGGAGAGUACCACGGACGCACACUACAAAACAAACAGUAGCUAGUUAGAAUUCAAAUUCGUCGAAGACAGAAUACUGAUAGAAUUUAGGGAAUUACGGACUUUUCAAUUAACUCUGGUUUGCAGCGGUAAUUGCUAUCAUCUUAGGGCAAAUCAUGAAACACUUUUUCGCUUUGUGUUUUUACACUGCAAAUCAAGCGUAAUGGUGUUUUUUGUCGUGCGAUACAAUAAACCUUGCUGUACAGAAAAGUGAAAUUGGGGGCAGGCUGCGCAAACAUUGACGUUAUUUUCUCGUGACACCUGUUAAUGUCAGGACGUCUAUGCUUGAACUGUCAAACUAUUACAUAUUGCUGACUAUGUCCACCGGGAUUCAUCAUGCCUCGAAUCAAAGCAUCAAGCCCUUCAAGUCUAGCGAAGAGUACCUGUAUGCGAUGAAAGAGGAUUUGGCAGAAUGGUUGAGAGACUUGUACGAUGUCGAUAUAGACGUGAACAACAUUGUGGAGUCGCUCGAGACUGGCGCGAUGCUCUGUUCCCACGCCAACAACGUCACACGAGUGGCGGGAGAGUUCAUUCAAAAGUAUGGGAUGGUGCGACAGGUCCCGCUGCCAACCUCUGGUGUCUCGUUUGUCAAUUCCGCCCAACCUUCUACUUUCCUGGCGCGGGAUAACGUCUCAAAUUUCAUCACCUGGUGUCGAAAGCAGAUGGACAUUAAAGAUGUGCUCAUGUUUGAGACAGACGACUUGGUGCUGCGAAAAAAUGAGAAGAACUUUGUGCUAUGUCUGCUGGAGGUGGCCCGGCGUGCCUCUCGAUUUGGCAUGGCCGCCCCCGUGCUGAUCCAGCUGGAGCAGGAGAUCGAAGAAGAGAUCAGAGAGGGACUGGAGCCGCCACCGGAAGAGACUCCGCCCGAUGCCAAACACCAGCGCCAUACCUCCAACACCCAAAACCUGGAUGAAAUGGUCCAGCAUCUGAUAAGCCAAUGUACCUGCCCCACCCAGUUUCCCAUGGUCAAAUUGUCUGAGGGAAAAUACAGGGUGGGAGACUCCAGCACCCUCAUAUUUGUGCGGAUCCUCCGUAACCACGUGAUGGUGCGAGUGGGAGGAGGUUGGGACACCCUGGAACAUUAUCUGGACAAGCAUGACCCCUGUCGCUGCACCUCUAUCACCCAUAGGUUCGCCCAGCACUCUGGGACACCAGUCCACCAAAUCCAAAGCAGGUUGCCUGGACGCCCUGAUGGCCAGAGUCCAACAACGCCCUCCAUGCUGCUAUUGAGCCGCCAUGCUCCGACCCCCCUCCAGCCAGUCCUUUGGGCCACCUACUCCCCUGGGGUCCUGAGGACAGCCUGGACCAGGGCUUCCCUACCACCAGACAGAGGGGCCUCUAAGGAGACAUCUCCGAGUAGACUGAGACUGAGUGCCUCCACACCCACUCUCCAACACCACCAGUCUGAGGAUGAACUGACACAUAACUCCUCCACACGGACUGGCAGAGAGGCCACACGCUCAUCUCCAGCCCCCCGCCAGACUAGCAGCCUGCCUCGCUCCAUCCCACGCUCCUCCACACCUCAACCCCAGCCCAAGGCAAAGCCCCAGCCUCAGAGGCCUAAAACGCCCUUGGUCUUCCAUAGGUCCACUGGGCAGCAGUGCACCCUGGCCCAGCCACAAACAGAAACAAAGCCUCCGCAGUCCUGGACCAAGUCUCAGUUUGCCUCGAAGCUCAGACAGAGAUCCGCGUUGGGCAGCAACACCACAGAAAGCCCAACUGGUACUAGUCCCCAGAGGAAUGGAGGACUCAACAUGGUAAGGACCUCUUUCCCCAUCAGAAGCCACAGCCCAGCAAGUUAUACCCCUGUCCGCCCAGGAACACCCACAAUCACUAUCCAGCAGCCCAAAGGCAGUGAUACCCUUCAGAGGCGCCCAGAUCGUGUUAACACUAUCCGUCCAUCCAAAACAUGCUUGGAUGGACCCCAGUUCGAACCAGGAGUCAGGCCCUUCACACCUGCUGGAGGAAACAAGAGGAGGGAUUCCAAUAAGUCACCCGCACCUUAUGACAUCAUAACAAACCCUCUGAACAGCUCCAUAACCGGUGACUUCAACCAGGAAAUGGUGCAGCGCCUGAUGAGACAGAGUGCAUUUGGCUUUACUCUCAGUGACAAGGCGUCUCACAAAAUCACUGAAGGUAGCCUUGGAGAGCCUGGCCAUCCACAAUUAGGUAGCACGGUCAUUGGGGCAGGAGACAGACCCCUCUUCAGCCCCCCCCCCAUCAGCCCAGUCCAGGAGGCCUGCCUGUACCGGAGUCUGGAGCAGGAGAUCCUGUCUAACCUCCAGCAGCUCCGCUUUAACUCAGAUGGCAUCCCCAGCCUUCCAGACAACAGAAAGUGUGACAAAAGCACUAGACAUCAACCGUCUGAAAAUGCCCUUGAGAAGGACCAUAGUGUAUUCACUAGGGUUCCAGCUGGAUCGGAACAAUCUCCACACACCUCAGCCUCUAAUUGUGCACAACAAGGUGAGGCGAGCUUUGAUGCAGUCAUCUCUGAGCUCUCCAAAGGAAAGAGGCUGCUGGAGAAGGUGUGUGUGGAGAGCUGGGCCAACACACUCCCUGGCAGCUCUAAUGACAGACAGACGUACAGCUGCUCAGAUGUGGAGGACUUCAGCUUAAGCCUCACAAAACCCUGUGUGAGCCAGCCCUGGUCCUCUUGGAGCGCCAGUGUCAAAUCCAAAGAGCUUCUUGCUGAUUGUACCACCGCCCCUGACUCUGAGAAUGGAGUUAUCAAUAGUGUCAGGCAGUCGAGAACAGAACUCACCAACUCACCUUCAGUAGACCUGAGAGUCAAUAAUGCAGUAGGCCCUGACAGCUUGUGGAAACCAAGGAACGGUUCUUUCAGGCAGAAGGGGACUUUGAAGAAACCAGAGAGGGUACCCUCCAUCUACAAGCUGAAACUCUGGCCCAAAGUCCGGCCCAGGGACGACUACAGGCCAGGAAAGAAGCCAUCGCGGAUCCCUACCCCAAUCUCUUACAGAGGCUCUCACCCUGCAGAAGACCCUCAAGAGUCCAGAAAGGACACACAUACACAAGCAUCACACCAACACACAUCCUCGAGACACCCAGACAGACAGGGUACCAUAGUUACGUCUCAGAGCUACUGGCAGCGAGACCACAAGGCCACAGUUGGACCGAGGCUGUUCCAAACACCAAAACAGGAGAUAGCGGAGUCCAUAGAGGAGUCCUGGGUAUAACCCCAUAUGUUUCUAUCACAAUACAUCGUUUCUGUGAAAGCUGACUCAAAUAACGCAAAGUAGUGGUGAAGCAUUUUUAUAUAUUUAUAUCUUUAACUGGCAAUCAUAUUUUUCUAUAUUCCAAAAAGUUAGCGCAAUUUCCCCCCUAUAUUCUUUCUCGUCUAUUUCUACUCCACAAGCUGAACAUUUAAAGUUCCCCAUUGGGCUUCCCAGGUGGUGCAGCAGGCUUUUGCUCUUUUGCAUCGCCUUGACCGUGCCACUAGCUGAACAGUGGAUGCCAAGCCCCGUGGCCGUAAAUGUGCCAGCAUUGCCACUAGAUAUGUCCUGGUCUCCCUUACGCAGCCCUGCCUGCAGGUGAGCAGGUGAUAGGCCCUAAUUCAGAUAAAACAAACAUGUGACUUGCAGCUGGCAGUAAUAUGGAUUUUCAUGAAUCACUAUCUUUUUUUUUAUUUUAGACGGAGAAUUUAAGCUUUGACCUAGGUCUUUUUCGGUUGAGUCCUGUAUUAUAGUCAUAAUACAAACAUUCAAAUACAAAGAUAUAAAAUGCACACACAUUAAGAAAAGCAAUCACAGUGAACAAUAGAGAGGUGAUAUGUCAAACAUUUGAACUGCCUUAUGGACACCAGAACAUCCAGCUUAAGGUCGAUCUGCAAGACCUUCCAUGAGUGGGAGGAAUAAUAAUCAAAAGCUGUUUUAUCCAAGUUAUCCUGCAGUUUCUCUAAGACCAGCAACUUGAGAGUGCAUUUGGUAACUGCAAGUAUUCCAGUUUAUUUUUUUGAAGUAAGAUAAUCUGGAAUUUCUAUAGUCUUAUGCACAAACAUUAACCAAUGCCUGGCUGUCCAGGAAGUCAGGGAGUCCCAUCCAACGGUUUGCACCCGUAAUAGAAACGCAAUGCUACGUGAUAGACUGCACACAGCACACACAUCUCCAUAAUCAAGCACUGACGUAUGUGGCCUGUAUGAUUUAAUUUCCAUGUUGAAAUGCAAGCACAGCGCCAUUAGGGGGCAAGAGGGUUCUUAGCCCCCUCGGUUGAAUUUUCUGCCCCCCGAGUUUAAGUUUUAAAUACCCUAUAGAAAAAUAGCCCAAAAAAAGAUUAUACCCCUCGCCAUUUUUGACUGCCUCCUCAAUCACUUCAUCCUGGCGCCAGGCCUGCUGAGAUGAAAGACGUUUUGUUUUUAUAAAAAAAUAUUUGAUCUUCAUCCUCUUCAUCAACUCAGCAAUGUGUGUUUAAAAACAUAUAACCAAAUCCUGAGGUUUUAUAAUCAAAUCCCAAGGUAACGUUAUCUAUAGCAGAACCGUCAAGGGUAGUCAUUCUGAGAUCAGCCCAUUGUAGAUGUUGGGACCUUGAGAGUAGCUUAUAUUUAAGUUUUACUUGCAUUUAGCACCAGUCAAAGGUCCAUAAAUUCAAACGAGUGACUACAGUAAGGUAGGCAAGCUGUGCCCAGUAUUUACUUUUAUACCAGUAUUCUCCCUUCAUAAAAUACCACUUCAUGAAAUAGUGUAUAUUAUUUUUCCCUUUCCCUUUAUUUGAUCAGAAGUUACCAGGAUUUAAGCAUGACAUGUUCAUUUAAUUAGCCUUAAGCAAGGUACAUUUUUUGUGAAUUCUAAAUGCUGUAAAUACACUGAAAAUGAAAAAUAUCAGCUAACAUACAAAUGCCAUGCAAAUUGACAAUGCCAUGCAAAUUAACUGAUUUUAAAUAAAGUGUGCUUUCCUAAUUCACCAAAUUUUACCAGUUACUUAAAACACAACCCAGAUGUCAAAAUUACACCUUACUUAAAUUCAGAAUUGUACAAAUCCUGUAAAUGAACUUGAUUACCGCUUUUUAAUAGUUUGACAGCCUAUUACGUAUUGCUGUAUGUAGUAGUUUGGAGUACUCUCUACAACCUAUGUGUAGCAUUUCAAGUAUAGUAGUACAUUCAGACUUUGUCUUUUUACAAUGAAUCAUUAUUAACAGUCUGGUGUCAGAUGUUUGGUUUGAUUUGUAUUGUAGGCACAGUGGCAUGAAUAAGUAUUCACCUCCCUUGGACUUUUCACAUUUUGUUGUGCGACAGAGAUUUUAAACAGAUUUUAUUAUGACGUAUUGUAAACUAACUUGACAAAAUACACUAAUGACAACAUGAAAUAAAUCGUCAUAUAUAUAUACAUACACAUACA